GCAGUUACGCCAUCUGUCGUUAAUUUCUGUAUCGGCUUUAAAUUUAGUAUUAUUCUACUUUAAAUUAAUCGCGGUAUUAAAAUCGUAGAUUUCUUUAAAUUUGCUUCCGUUUGGGGUAUAGACUUGGUGGAAUACGCGUACAUUUGAUUACGUUCUUAAAAUGUUUACGGAAGUGUGUCAGUGGAACCGCUGCUAUUGAUUUAGUGACACAUGGCCCAGUUAGCGGAAUAGAGGAGAGACUUAUCUUCGGGUCGUAUCGGCUAUCACAUGUUACGCUGCCAAUCGUAAUAUAAAGAUUGCGUACGUCGAGAGAAAAUCUGCUUUGAUUUAAGGACCGAGAGAAGAAAACAUUCGAAAUGGGAAUCAAUCGGCAAUUUGUUAAUAUUAUAAUUCUAGGUUUUGCAUUUAUGUUCGUAUUCACCGCAUUUCAAACCGGAAGCAUGAUUCAGAAAAUUGUAAUUAAAAGUAUAAAGCAUCAAAAUCCAUCUUACCAUGGUGAAGGUUACACAAGUUUGGCAGUUAUUUAUGCAGUUCUUGCAGUAUGUAACUGGCUUGCACCAUCAGCUAUCUCAUUUACUGGACCAAAAUAUGCAAUGAUUAUUGGUGCUGUCACAUAUUGCAUAUUCAUUGCAAACUUUUUAUAUCCAAUGACAUGGGGAUUAUAUUUUUCAUCUGUUCUCAUUGGAAUUGGCGCUGCAUUAAUCUGGACAGGACAAGGAAAUUUCCUCACUGUCAAUUCAGAUAGUGAAACAAUAUCUAGGAAUAGUGGUAUAUUCUGGGCUAUGCUGCAAUGUAGUCUUCUAUUUGGAAAUUUGUUUGUAUUCUUUGAAUUUAAAGGCGAAGAAAUUAUCCAAAUUCACACGAUAAAUAUAGUAUUUGGUGGUUUAUUAGGAGUGUGUUGUUUUGGAACUCUUCUUUUCUUCGCACUACGUGCUACUACAUCAACAACUGUAGCAAUAACUGGUGAUUCCUCAGACAAUGAAGGACCAAUAAGAGCAUUAGUGAGAGCCUUUCGACUUUUUAAAACCGUAGAUAUGAUAUUACUAAGCAUAACAUUUUUUUAUACAGGAUUAGAGUUGUCAUUUUUUAGCAGCGUAUAUGGCACGUGCAUUGGUUUCACGAAACAUUUCAAUGACGCCGCAAAAUACGUUGGCAUAUCUGGAAUGUUAAUCGGUGCCGGAGAAAUUACAGGAGGAACAGUUUUUGGUUUAUUUGGAAAGAAAACUAAUAAGUUUGGAAGGGAUCCAGUUGUUCUACUUGGAUAUAUUAUCCAUAUGGUCACGUUUUUCCUAAUAUUUUUAAAUCUUCCUCCUUCUUCACCUAUGAAUUAUAGCACCGAACCAACUUACAUUAAAAGCAAUGUUUAUUUAGCUUUAUUUUGCAGUUUUUUGCUUGGAUUUGGAGAUGCUUGUUUUAAUACCCAGAUAUAUUCAAUUCUUGGUUUUAUGUAUUCCAAUGAAAGUACACCUGCAUUUGCAUUAUUUAAAUUCGUACAGUCAGUCGCCGCCGCAGCUGCAUUUUUCUACUCUAUUAACGUCAGUCUGCCCAUUCAGUUAUUGAUAUUGGUGAUAACUGGCACCUUUGGAUGUUUUUCUUUCUUUAUAGUCGAGUGGAAACUCAGUGGUUCUUCCAAUCACGAAGUAAAUACGCAGAGAUCAAUAAACAACGAAAACUGACCUAAAAGGAACAAACAAAACAUAUGCAGGAGAAUUAGAAUUACAACUAGAGAAGCUAAUUGUGAAAGUAUUUUAAAAUAAGUUUAAGAAAUUUAGAAUUAAAAUUGUAAAAUUUUA